UGCAACGAAAAAACACUGUGAGGUAGCACUCGUUGUAUGACUUAGUCUGACACCUUACUGCACAAGGGGCUGACAACGGUCAUGCAUCGCCACCGGCGGCAGCACCACUACUGCCUCCUGUCUGCGAUUAGUCUUUUAAUUUUGCAGAUUAGCUGCUCAUCAAACAACUCUUCCUACAACUACUACUACAACCAGUGCAUGCCUUCAACAUGCGGUCCAUCUGUUCUACAGUACCCCUUUGGCCAAAACCCUAUAUGCCGAAGCCCUAACGUAACAACACUUUGCGAGAACAAUACCCUCCUCAUCACCAACGAUCAAGAUCCCCACAUGGAAUACAAGCUGUUGCAGAACCUCACCAAGGAAGUUUAUGCUAGGAGAUUGAUCAGGGUUGUCGACGUAUCGGUCUUGGGUUGUGGAACCAUCCCUGAUAAUGGUUAUGACCACCAGAAGUGGGGAACUCUAGGGGUCUUCCGUUACACAAAUGAUUACCGACCAGUGACUUUCCUCAAUUGCACUCAGGAACUAUCAAAUCCGCUGAAGGUUCCUUGUUUGGAGUGUGGAGAUGAUCAUAAUUUCUGCUAUUUCACUGAUGAAAUCAUGGAUAGUGAGCCCACCAAAUACUGUAGCUCCUUCACAACUGCUAUUCCAUUUAAUGUAUAUUACAACUUGAGUGCGGUUAGGAACAUUAGAAGGGUACUCCAGGGGGGUUUCACGAUGGAGUGGGACGACGGGAACUGUGACCCAUGUCGCAUGGAGAUUGAUGGUGGCCGAUGUGGGUACCUUAAUGAUGGAGAAAAGAAGAGUGGUGAAGAGGUUUGUUUUUGUAACGAUGGAGUUCACAAGCACAACUGUUCCGAUGGGCUUCUGGUUGAGCUUGAUGGAGUGGCAAAGAGAGGCCAUGGAUUUAGAUGUCACACUCGACAAGUGAUUAUUGCUCUAGGGUUGGGAGCAGGAUUAAUGGCGUUCAUAUGCAUGGGUUAUUUUUACUUGAAAAAAAGGUGGAGCCAGAUUAAUGAUCAAGAUGACUUUGGGGGUGAAGAUGAUAAAGCACUAAGGCGCUACCUUGGUGGAGAUAAAACAAUUCCAGCUUCUAUAGAGACUUUCUUGCAGAAUUAUACGUUAGGAAGGCCUACUAGGUUCUCCUAUAAGCAGCUCAAGAGAUUCACCACCAACUUCACUCACAAGCUUGGUCAAGGUGGCUAUGGCUCGGUCUUUAAGGGGGAACUUCCCAACGGCUUAUUUAUUGCUGUUAAGCUUCUUAAUGACACUGAUCAGAGUGAGGCUCAAUUCCUCAAUGAGGUUCAAAUCAUUGGGCAUAUCCACCAUAAUCAUCUGGUCCGACUUUUGGGCUACUGCUUUGAACCUUCUAGACAGGUUCUUGUCUAUGAAUUCAUGGAAAAUGGAUCUCUUGACAAAUACAUCCAUGCAGCAGGGGAUGGCCAGAAGACAACAGAGAAGUUGAGUUGGAGUCAACUUCAUGACAUUGCAGUUGGAACGGCAAAGGGGAUAAUGUAUCUUCAUGAGGAGUGUAGAACUAGAAUAAUACAUUGUGACAUCAAGCCUCAUAAUAUCCUCUUGGACCGAAAUUUCCGACCAAAGGUGUCAGAUUUCGGUUUGGCGCUAGUCAUGAAUAGGGAUAAGAGUCAUGUCUCUCUCAGCCAUGGAGCUGGGACACCAGGAUAUGCUCCCCCAGAAAUUUGGUGGAUGAAUUGUGGAAUGAUAUCAGAGAAAUCUGAUGUUUAUAGCUUUGGGAUGGUGAUGCUGGAGAUGGCAGGAAGAAGAAGGAAUCUUAUGACUGAUGUAAGUAGUUCGAGUGAGAUGUACUUCUCCGAGUGGGUCUUACUGCACAAUGCAGAAAAAAAUUCAAGCAGUAGUAGUGAGGAAAGAGGGAUGAAGGAAAGGAUGGAGCUGGUAGCCUUAUGGUGUAUUCAGUUUGAGCAGUCUAUGAGGCCUUCCAUGAGAAGAGUAAUUGAAAUGCUAGAAGGGGAUGUGAUGAUUGAGAUUCCACCCAGCACCAUUCAAUCCACACACCUUAUCAAACAUUUGAGUGGAGAACAGCUUGAAGUUCAAGAUUCAAUGGAAAACCUCAAGUAGCUUGAGUUCUUCCGUUUUAUUUUACAGGAGAGACACAACAGUGAUACCUAGCUCUCACGCUUAAAUAUCUACAAGAGAGGAGUGAUGGGAAGAAUACACUAACCAUCCAUCUCCUCAUCUCCUGUAAGAAUAUAUAUCUGACAUAAAUCCUUCUUUUUAUUGAUCGAAUACAUAGUUUCACCGGAUGUAUUUAUUAUUACUAUUUUUUGUGUAAACACCAGAGGUGGCACUGGCAGGCAGGCAGGCAGGCAGGCAUCAAGCCAAAAAAAAAAAUGUUCAACCUACUAGUGCGGGCUCAAAAUUGGCGUGAUCGAUUCCUGUUCAAUUUUUAAUCCCCACUGGUCUGAUGAAAGUCGUAUGAAUGGCUUGGAGGGAGAUCUUUCAAAUCUUUCAAGAUUCACCCUACCUACUUCUAAAAAGAAAAUUGAUUCUUG